CGCGCGGUCCAUAGAUUGCACCCAGAGUUUGACCUUUCUCCUCCAUGACAACCCGCGACUUCGUUCCAACCAGCAGCUGAUUGUAAAUUCCUGCAGAAAAAUAAAUACUUGCAAGUAGUUGGAGAAAGAGCGAGUGCGCGUGUGGGAGAGCGAGAGCAGGAGCAAUGCGCGGAUCCUCGUCUCUCCACCCCUUUCCUCCUCUCUGCCUCACUCCAUCUCUCUCAAACGUCCCUCUGCCUCUCUCUUAUAUUGAAAUUGGUCUGGGUCGAACAGGAUCACAGAACACCGCUUCUCUAUUGCUGCACAUUGUCGGGCAUUCCGCAAAACCCGAUCACUUGAAACACAAUAAGCAGACACAAAGGAAAGGACAUAGUACCACAAUAUAUUUUUAAAGGUAGAACACGUUUUUCUUAUAAAAAAAAAUACCGUCCGUUUGUGCGUGUUAAGCCUUGUAAAGUAGGUGUUUAACUAUAACAGUCCAACUACAGUAUAAAAUAGCCAUGCAUUUGCACAUUAUAAUGCGCGCUAGCAUUGGAUUAGUCGGUUUCUGUCUGCUUGCCUUUGUCCAACAGCCAGCUCGCGCUUCAGGAGGCAAAUCCACUCAAGAUGUGGAUGAGUGUGCAGAGCAAAUUGACAACUGCAGCACCGAUGCCAUCUGCCAGAAUACACUCAAGUCAUACAAAUGCAUCUGCAAGUCGGGCUACAAGGGGGAUGGCAAGCACUGUGAAGAUUUAGACGAGUGUGCGAGUGAGUACAACGGUGGCUGUGUCCAUGACUGCAUCAACAUCCCGGGGAACUACAGGUGCACAUGCUAUGACGGCUUCCGGCUGGCACACGACGGACACAACUGCCUUGAUGUGGAUGAGUGUUCAGAGGGGAAUGGUGGAUGUCAGCAGAUCUGUGUCAACAUGAUGGGCAGUUACGAGUGCCGCUGCAGAGAAGGAUUCUUCCUGAGCGACAACCAGCACACCUGCAUCCAAAGGCCUAAAGCGCGACCAGAGGGCACCAAGGAGAGCCCCACCUGCAUGGAUAAGAACCAUGGCUGUGCUCACAUCUGCCGGGAGACACCAAAGGGAGGCAUCGCCUGCGAGUGCAGGCCUGGCUUCCAGCUCACCAGGAACAUGAGGGACUGCAAGUUGACCUGUAACUACGGCAACGGGGGUUGCCAGCACAUCUGUGAGGAGACGGACCACGGCCCCAGAUGUGCGUGUCACAUGAAGUUUGCCCUGCAAACCGAUGAAAAGACAUGUGUAGGGGAGAGGAGUCUCCAGAACCAGGCAGCCCCACAGCUGUUCCCCAAUGAGACGUGUUUAGUGAACAAUGGUGGCUGUGACAGCACAUGUCAUGAUGCAGUGACCGGAGUCCGCUGCAGCUGUCCUGUAGGCUUCACUCUCCAGCCAGACCGCAAGACCUGCAAAGACAUUGAUGAGUGUCGCCUGAACAACGGGGGGUGUGAUCACGUAUGUCGGAACACAGUGGGCAGCUUCGAGUGCAGCUGCAAGAAGGGCUACAAGCUACUGACCAAUGAGAGGACAUGCCAAGACAUUGACGAGUGUUCUUUUGACCGGGCGUGUGACCAUUCCUGCAUCAACUCCCCCGGCAGCUUCCAGUGCUUCUGUCAUAAAGGCUAUGUUCUCUACGGUCUGGCACAUUGUGGAGAUAUUGAUGAGUGCAGUAUAAACCGCGGUAGCUGUAAAUACGGCUGUGUCAACACUCAGGGCAGCUAUGAGUGUACUUGUCCAACUGGAUACAAGCUGCACUGGAACAGGAAGGACUGCAUUGAGCUUGUGAAAUGUCUGCCUGGCCUAGCUCCCAAGACCACUCUGACCUGCAGUAAAACAGGCAAGAAAGAGAGCUGCUCCCUCACCUGCACCUCCAAGGCUCACUAUCUGGCAGAAUCUGACAGCAGCUAUACAGUGAGCUGUGGCAUCCCCAUCCUACGAGGCAAAUCCCCAGCCAGGCUGAACACAAGCAGCAGUCUGAGCUGCAUAGAAACAGGGGCCCCUCCAGUGAAGCAGACCGCCUCUUUCAAGAUCAAAGAUGCCAAGUGCCACCUGCACCCCAAGCUGACAGGCAGGGCUGAGGACAGGGGCCGAGCGCUGGGGCCAGGUGAGGGGCCACAUCUGGCCUACAUUCCAGACCUUGGAAGUGGACAGCCCUGCAAUAACUGCCUGGUUACGUUUGUCAACCUCAAAUGUGACUCCUCCAAGAAGGCCAAAGGGCGUCGUGUCCGUAACCCCACCAACAAAGAAGUGACACGCAUCACCCUGGAGCUCGAGGCGGAGGUCAAGCCAGGAGACACCACAGGAAGCUGUAACCUGAGUUGCCUGCGCCAGCGCAUGGAGAAGCAAGUGAAGACAUACAUCAAGGCCCUGAAGAAGUCGAUCAACCAGGACCGUUUCCUGAUCCGUGUGGCUGGGCUGGAGUACGAGGUGGCCCAGAAGCUGCCCCAGGUCGCUUCAGCAGGCCACGAGAACUGUGGUCCAGGACGGGAGAAGGACAGCGGACGCUGUGUCAGAUGUUUGCCAGGAUCGUACUACCAAGGGGAACAGGAGCGCUGCAUCCAGUGCCCACCUGGCACCUUUCAGGAGAGGGAGGGGCAGCUGGCCUGUGACCUGUGCCCUGGCAGUGAUGGGCAUGGACCUGCUGGGGCACGCAACAUCUCCUCCUGUGCAGGUCAGUGCCCUACUGGCUACUUCUCCAGUGAUGGGUUUCAGCCAUGCCAGCCAUGCCCGUUUGGAUCCUACCAGCCUGACCUGGGACGGACCCUAUGCUUUCCCUGCGGAGGGGGGCUGAGCACCAAACGGGAGGGGUCCAGCUCCUUCCAUGACUGUGAGGUCAAAGUUCAGUGCUCCCCUGGCCACUACUACAACACUACUGUGCACCGCUGUAUUCGUUGCCCUCUGGGCAGCUACCAGACAGAGUUCAGACAGAACUACUGCAUCACCUGUCCUGGUAACACCACUACAGACUUUGAUGGGGCCACCAGUGUCUCUCAGUGCAAGAACCGAGAAUGCAGAGGAGAGAUGGGAGAGUUCACAGGUUACAUUGAAUCGCCCAACUACCCCGGAAACUACCCAGCUAAUGUGGAAUGUAUCUGGAUCAUCAACCCACCCAACAAGCGCAAGAUCCUCAUGGUGGUGCCUGAGAUCUUCCUGCCCUCAGAGGACGAGUGUGGAGACGUACUGGUUAUGAGGAAGAACUGGUCGGCCACAUCCAUCACCACCUAUGAGACGUGUCAGACGUACGAGCGCCCUAUAGCCUUCACCGCCCGCUCCCGCAGACUCUGGAUCAACUUUAAGUCCAACGAGGCUAACAGUGCCCGAGGCUUCCAGAUCCCCUAUGUCACCUAUGACGAGGAUUAUGAACAGCUUGUAGAGGACAUUGUCAGAGAUGGAAGACUCUAUGCCUCUGAAAACCAUCAAGAAAUCCUAAAGGAUAAAAAGCUGAUUAAAACUCUCUUCGACGUGCUGGCCCACCCAAACAACUACUUCAAGUACACCACUCGGGAGUUCAGCGAGAUGCUGCCGCGCUCCUUCUUGCGCCUCAUAAGCAGCAAAGUCUCCGCCUUCUUGCGACCAUAUAAGUAGUCUCCACAUCAAACCCCGCCCCUGAAGGACCAGAUCCCGCCCCCCUCUAACAGGCCAAACAACAAACUCUCACAGGACUUCUAACAAGUUGACAAAAAAUUACUAUUUUUUUCUUCUAUUUUUUCAUACUGUAGGCUUUGACGACACACUUCACUAUGCAGUCUCAUACUCAAUCUGUUUUGCAGUAUUUAGUUGUAUGCCAUUUUAAUUUCUCCAAAACCAUGCAGUAUCUGAAGCCAACCAACUUGAGUCAAAGUACAGUACAGGCUUUCUUGCCCAUCUCUUCUUUCUGAAUAUUUAUCACGACUCCAAUAUGUUUGUGUCAUUGUAUUUUUUGGUUUGUUGCUGUUGUCAUUCUUGUUUAUAUUAUCAGCAUAGAUGGCCUUGUCUGUCAUUUUCACAGCAAUCCAUAAUUAGAAGGAUAUGUGUGCAUUUCAGAUGACGCAUGUUGUCUGUUUGUUGACAAAAUGGACAAUGGUAGAGGCAUUUAUGUCAAACAGGAAGAAGGAUGUAAGGGCAAUAUGUUUGUCACAUUUGUUUUGAGCUGGAACAGGGUUAUCGUAAACGUGCUUUAAUAAAUAGUCUUUCACUUGAAUUCCAGCUUUAACCAUGACAGGAUGAGUCUGUUUUGAUAAAUGAAUAACCUUUUGUAGAUCUAUAUCCUCCAUAAGCAGUCCUCAAGGAGAAGGACCUGUCAGUUUCAUGUCAUAGUUACAUUCCACAACAUUCAAAGCCUUACUAUAUCUGAGCUCUUAGAGCAACUUCUUGUUAAGGUAUUACUGUUAAAACAGUUAUUCUAUGUUUUUUUCUUCUGUCCAGAUUGUAUAACUGUCUGUUGCCUACCUACAGAUAUUUUCUGUUAGUCUAUAUUCAAGUUAACUUAUACAAAGUGUAUAAAUUGUAGUUUAUUUAAAAAAAAUCCAGAAGGUGAUGGACAUUUUGGAAAAUAAAUAGAAAACUAGAUUUGUGAGAAUCACAGAUGAAAGUCAGAAUAAUGUAUCUAUGGUCCAGGACUGGUGAGGAGAGAGACAGAAUAAUGUCUCUAUGGUCCAUGACUGGUGAGGGAGAGACAGAUAAAUGUCUCUAUGGUCCAUGACUGGUGAGGAGAGAGGCAGAUAAAUGUCUCUAUGGUCCAUGACUGGUGAGGGAGAGACAGAUAAAUGUCUCUAUGGUCCAUGACUGGUGAGAGAGAGACAGAUAAAUGUCUCUAUGGUCCAUGACUGGUGAGGGAGAGACAGAUAAAUGUCUCUAUGGUCCAUGACUGGUGAGGAGAGAGGCAGAUAAAUGUCUCUGGUCCAUGACUGGUGAGGGAGAGACAGAUAAACGUCUCUAUGGUCCAUAACUGGUGAGGGAGAGACAGAUAAAUGUCUCUAUGGUCCAUGACUGGUGAGGGAGAGAGACAGAGAAAUGUCUCUAUGGUCCAUGACUGGUGAGAGAGAGACAGAUAAAUGUCUCUAUGGUCCAUGACUGGUGAGGGAGAGACAGAUAAAUGUCUCUAUGGUCCAUGACUGGUGAGGGAGAGACAGAUAAAUGUCUCUAUGGUCCAUGACUGGUGAGGGAGAGACAGAUAAAUGUCUCUAUGGUCCAUGACUGGUGAGGGAGAGACAGAUAAAUGUCUAUGAGGGACAUACGUUUGCUGCUUCUCUUAAAAAGGUCACUUUAAUUCUUCAAUUUCAAGUCGUCUUUCUGUGCUCGCGUCACACUAAUAGUCCAUUGCAUUAAUAUAAAAUAAUGUUCGGAGAGAUGCAUCAUAAGUAUAAAUACAAUUCUACCGCCAGUCCUCAUGUAAGUUGAAAGUCAUAUCACAUUUGCCUCUUCAUCCAUGGAUUACCAACUGAUUGUAAUGUUAUUCUUUCAAUCUUGUAAAUAAUGGAAAAAAAAUUGGCACGGUUUGAAUCCUUUUUAAUCUAAAUAAACUUGAGCAGGAUCCCCAAACUAUUUUCUUUCCAUGUCCUCUUCACCCUCUCCCUAAUCCAAAGACCCCCCCACCCCACCAGCCCCCUUUUCCCCAAACACCCACGUCAGAUUCUGUCCCAAUAAGACCAGCUCUUCCAAAGACUGUCCGCACGGCAAAAGCCUAGUUAUUAUCUCGUGCACUAAAUCUAGAGCCUGUCAUCCUACCUUUGUUGUAUAAGUGCAAUGAAUGAAGUCUCCAUUGUGCUACUCCUCUCUUUGUGUCCAAAGAAAUACUAAAAAACAAUGUUAAUAUUUGUCAAAACAUAACAAAGGAUUGUCUUUUCUUGGACUCAUUUUUAUAAAUUGUGACUGGCGUUAGGGUUUUGAAUGAAGUUACUUUAUAUUCAGCAUCCCACUACAAUAAUGUUGAAAAACGAAUAUAGUUGAUCAAUGCAAUAAUAUUACAAUGGAAUUAUUGCAAUGUAAAAACAAAUGACAAUGAUAACAAGUAAUCCUAAUACACUCAAACCUUUGUUGAAGAAGAAUCAACAUGUUAGCUACGGCUCUUAAAUAUAAUGGAUUUCCCUUGGAAACUCUGUUUUUAUUUUAUUUUAGAUGUUUUUUUUGUAAAUAAAAGAGAAAAUAAACCGUGUAAAUGGUAAAAGCUCUUGCACAAUACCUUUAGAUAGUUGUAAGCACAGGUGCUUCUGGAUAAGAGAAAAGGAUUUUGACCACAUUGCUAAAUUGCAAGACAAGCGUGGCCUAGCCAUGCAGACCUCAUAGUCAGAAGGAACUGUUUAAUACACAUCACAGAACAUCUGCCAUAUCUGUGUUCUUUUGAAUGUUUGUUUUAAAGUUUCCAUUAGUAUUUAUACCACCCUGUUUUUUUAAUUCCAACAUUUCGAUGUCAAUAGCAAACAGUCCAUAGCGCUCACUGUUUCCACCUGUCUCAACUCAUCCUUUCCCUCUCUUCAUCCCUCUGUCCCUGCAGCCUGAACACAUCAGAUGGUUGAGUUUUGUAUUAUUAUAAUAUUUUUUUUUUACAUGAGUUUGCUAUGAUGUAUCAUAGAGUUGAUAAUGGUAUUUGCACUUGAAAAUUGUUAUUGCUCAUGUAAAAAUGUCUGGAUUUUGUAUUGUCUUUUUAAAUGAAUGGAAUUGCUGUUCUUACAUUACUUGUAGCUCUCGUUUGUUCUCUAAAUGCUCGCCUACUGUGUUCAACCCAUGAAGAUGAAGAUGUAGAUGCACACGUGCAUGUACCUUUAUCAACUGUACAAAAAAAGAAUAUUAAAAAGUAUGUACAGAGAUGAAAUGAAACAAGAUUAUGAGCUUGUUCCUGUCAAAAACACUUCAAAAUAAACAUACUGUAAUUGAGUUUAA